GUUCCGCCAGUCCGGGUUCAUAAGGUGCCUCAGCGUACUACUCAUCAGAUGUAUGAAUCACUAGUACACAUUAUGGACAUCCACAUCCUCUCUGGCUCCUUCACCUCGCUUUCUCUCUUCCUCCUUGCAUUUUCCCCGGUGAACCGUUCGCUCCGUCUCCUUCGGAUUAUACCCGCCUCUGGGCCGCAUCAAUAUAUUUCCCAGACCCCUCGGGCAGUAUAUGCGACGACAUGGGCGUCUCCACCAGCCUUACACGCAUGGGCACUGCCUUCUUUAACUCACAUCGGCAGUACAUCCAUUACAGCAACAUCGUCGUAUAUCGCAACCCUCGACUCUCAUGCCUACUCCAUGGGUGGACCCACAGGAGAAGUGCAUUUACUUGACCCGGUGUCUGGUUUGUGGGGACAGAAAAUCCAAGAGAUCCUGUUCAUCGAACCUGAUGAGCUACCAGAGGCUGAUAAGACGAGGAAAGCGUUGAGAUACGGCUCCCAUGCGAUAGAGUUCACAAGUGAUGGAAAUUAUGGGUUUGUUCCUGUCCUUGGUACGGAAGAGAUCCAUAUCUUCAAGAAAUCUCGAGUCGAUGGGACGCUUGAACGGGUAGGGAAAGCCAAGGGGCAGGCCGGAGAUGGCCCACGGCAUGUGAAAGUGCAUCCAAACGGAGAAGUUGUCUACUGUGUGGCUGAACAUAGUAACAACCUGGACGUGUACACCUUCAGUACCAUGCCUAUACCGUCUCUCAUGCUCGUCAAUUCUCAGCCUCUCUACGCUUCCGGUUCAGCCCACUCCUACCGGGGUGACACCCUCCUACUCACGCCUUCAGCCAACCAGAUAUUCGCAACCACUCGCGGCGCGACGUCGAGGGAUCCAGGUUACAUCGCCGUCUUUUCCCUCUCCCCAUCUGGUCUAUUUAGCGGCCAAGCCGAGUAUUACGAGACUCCAACUUCGGGAGGAAAAGCUCACGCCAUCGACUUACUCCCCAAGUCUUCAUUACCUUCCUCGGACCAGGAGUCAUUCUCCGUGCCAGUAGAAUCAGUCUGGAUACUCCUUACAGAUGACGAUCCGUGCACUCAAAUUGCCGAACCUUGCGCCAGUGUACGCAUUCUUGAAUGGGAUGGCUGGGGUACGGGUGGGAUACAUGAGGUUGCUGCGUAUGCUGGGAUGGAGAUGCAGGGUGGAAGUCAUGCUAUUUUCUUGCACGAACAUGGGGCUACCGAGGGGGAGGUGCGGCAUGAUGAGUUGUAGAGCCGCUGAUGCACUGCAGUUCUUGCUGUUUAACGCGUCAAAACACAGGUACGCGUCGUAAAUCUAAAGGCUUGUUCGGUACAUUUUUCUUGCUUGUGAAUGAACAGACCUCGAAGUCAAAAGUUCUGUAUUCAUACAUCCUUUAAUCUUAAGUAAUGUCGGCAGUGCGUUGCUGGAAGAGAACGAUAUCUGGU